GCACUAGCCCAAACCCCGCACCUUGCUUUACAAAUGCUUCGGAAGAUCGUAACAUUAGAAAACUCCCCGUGUCAAGUCACGUGACAAAACCGCUGUCACGUGACAUAGAGAGAGAUAAAAGGGAGUCUUGCGAAAACUCCAGCGAAGUUCAUUCCAGCUUCUCUCCAUUGCUCCUGAACCCCUGGUCACCAUGAGUUCCUCCGCCUCCUCCUCCUCCGACGACCUCCUCCCGAAGCUCCCUGAGGACGUCAUCGAGGAGAUCCUGAAGCGACUGCCGGUGAGAUGUCUCCUACGAUUCAGGUGCGUCUGCCGGUCAUGGCGAUCCACCAUCGACGGCCCUCUUUUCGUGGCCCUCCACCUGAACCACUCCGCUCUCGACCCCUCCAAUCGAUAUCUCGCGUAUCUACAUCUGGCCCAAGGCAAUCCUCUACAUCUGGCCUCGCCCCGAAGCCUGUGCUCUCUGUCCUCCGGUGACUCUCUUUCCAUGUCACAAAUCGAAGUCCCGUUUGCUGCUCCUUUCAGCCGUUACCGCUUCGUUGGUUCGUGUAAUGGUUUGAUAUGCCUCACAAAAAUUUCCAGAAUUGGGUUGCGCUAUCACCUGUCGACGUAUCUGUGGAAUCUGUUCACCAGAAAGCACAAGGCUGUUCCACGAUCAAGAGUGGGCAGUGCUGUAGGGUUUGGCUUCGACGCUAGAUCUAAUGACUAUAAGAUUGUGAGGAUUUAUCCACGUUAUGGUGCUGGGGAUUCGUAUCCAUAUGCAGAGCAUCCAGUCUCAAAGCCUCGAGUCGAGAUUUAUUCCCUCAGUACAAAUUCCUGGAGAAGUUUGAAGUGUGAGGUUCCUACUUUAAGUUGCUCCAGAGCCACGGUCUUCUUGAAUGGGAAUCUGCACUGGUUUGUUUCCCAUCACAAUGAUCGGUUUGUUUCCCGGCUCAAAUAUCUGGGGAGGGACCGUGGAUACGGAUCAAUACUCUUGUUCGAUGUCACCAGUGAGGUGUUCAACAAAAUGGCUUUGUCGGCAGAGCUUUUGCGCAAAGUUUGUGUCAGUAGAGUAGUGGUGUUGUCACUAUUGAAUGACUUGCUGGCCGUGUGCACAAGCUCAGCAGUAGGUCUGUAUCCUCGACGGCGUUCUGCUUGUUCCAUUUGGGUUAUGAAGGAGUACGGCAUGCCUGAGUCUUGGACUAAGCUGUAUUCUUUUUUGGUUGAUGAAAAAGUAAGAGGAUUUGAUGGCUUCACGAUGAAUGGUGAGCUUCUGAUGGUAAUCGAUGAUCAUGAACGAGUUUCUUGGAAUCCAAUCACUAGACAAUUCACAUAUCCUCCACUAGUGAUGCGAUCCAAUUUGGUCACAGUGGUAGAGAGCCUUGUUUCUCUAGAGCCUCGUCCAAUGCCACUACAUUUACCUGUAUUACAGAUUGAUUCUGCUUGUGAAAGUGUUGAUAUAGACAUGUAAAAGUGAGGUGGUGCCCAUUUACUUUUGUACUUUUAGAAUGCAUAUGCAUUUUCACUUGA